AUGAAUAUAAGUGGGAGUUUGUGCGAAAAUGGCGGCCUGGUUAGACGGCGUAUACGUUGGAAAUUAAGCCCUCAAAGGGAAAGAAAAGCUGCCGAAAGCAGUCCCAUUUACAUUUCAAAUUUAAUUUCCGCUAACCAGUACAAAGGGAAUAAGCGCAAAGUGCCCCCCAGCAUUCAAAUACUGCCCCCCAACGGGCAGAUAGUCACCAGGAAAGGCGGGCCCGUUUCGUUCGAGUGCAAAGCCAACGGAAAUCCAACGCCUACUGUCCAAUGGUCGAAGAAGGACGGGCUGUUGCCUUCGGGCCACCAAGUGGAAACCGGUUAUCUCCUGAAUUUGAACGAGGUCCAACGGCAGGACGCGGGGACUUACCAAUGUACGGCCUCUAACGGUAUAGGCCAACCGAUCACCGGUGAAAUCAAACUGCACGUGCUGUAUCCGCCUGAAGUUAGCGUCGUUAGAACGUGGGUGAAUGCAGGAGAAGGAGGCGAGGCAAAAUUGGACUGCGUUGUUCACGCUGAUCCACCAGCAGAAGUGAUGUGGUAUCAGGAUUCGUUUCUCCUGCAGCCCACCGACCGCAGGAUCAUGACGAAAAUGGGCAACGCGUAUUCUUUGAAUAUCAAAAAUGUCCAGUCUUCGGAUUUCGGGAAUUACAGCUGCUCAGUAUCGAAUUCUAUUGGUAGAGAUAAGAGGUACAUGGAGUUAUCGGGAAAACCGGGACCCGCCAAAAUCACCAGCGGUCCUUACUCGAAUCCCAGAGAGUACGAUUUGCAGUGGACCGUGCAAUCGGUGUUUCCCAUCAUCGAAGUCAGGAUACUCUACAGGAAAAUUAUGUCGAACGCUUCGUACCACCAUCCGGGCCAUUGGCACGAUCUCCUCGUGAAACCGGCCCAAAUCUACGAUCCCCAAACCGGCGAGAGGACGCAGCGCUUCCGCGUGACCGGCCUCCACCCGGACUCCGUCUACGAGUGCCUGUUGCAGGCCAAAAACCAGCACGGUUUCGGCGAAUUGUCGGACCUCCAUCAGUGGACCACCUCCACGAGGGGCCGGUACCUGGUGAGGAGCGGCUGCGCCCGCCCCUUUUUAGCUUUCAAAGCGUUCGUAUUGUGGGUUGCAUGGCGGGUCGUGUGAAGUGAACAGUGCAGAUUGGAAAAUUGAAGUAGAGAUAUUUUUUUAUGGGGAUGUUGUUCGAUUUAUUGCUCGAAUAGUAUCGGAAUGUGUACGUAUACAAAGUUACAAAGGAUUUUAUUAUUAUUGUGAAAUAAUGUAUGUAAAAAUCAAAAGUAAGAAAACGUUUUAUUCAGUAUCAAAAACCACAUCAAAAUGUAAAUAUACAGUACUUAUUUAGUUACAUAGGAAAUGCAACGAUUCACAUUUGAAAUAUCCUGCUCGUGAAUUUGUCUAUUGUUCUAUCGGUAAGUUAAAUAACUGGAUUAUUAUUAAGUAUGUUUCAUAUAGUCGGUGCAAAAUAAAUAUCAAUGUACGUCACCUAUAAUUUACUACGUCACAAGUAGGCAGUGUUGUCGAACUUUUAUAAAAUUUAUUUCUGCUUUUUAACAUGUUCUAUCAUCCCUUUUGUUAAUUAUAAAUUAAAUUCUGCAAGUAUUAAGCUUAAUCUAUUUUGCGUAUUUAUUUUUAAAAGUUAGUCACAGUACUUGUCAAGUAUGACGACAGUAGUGACGUGCAUUCAUAUUAGUUUUGCACCGACUAUAUUAAAGAAUCAAUUUAUUUUAUUACCGAAUCUUCUACACGAAAACUAUACUUAUGGAUUGUUAACAAGUCUGAAUACAUUUGAAAAUAACUCGUUUUGUUUAAUAAAAUUCGUAAGAAUUUCAUAGAGCUACAAAUUCUACUCAACUUUUUUCCUUUUUACUACCAUUAUAUUUACAAAAUAAAUUUUUUAAACUUUACCAACACUUUUAUUUUCAACCCAUUUCACCUUCCGUACGGAUGCAUCUGCGCAGCACUCUUGAUAUUCGUCUUGAUCCCCGCCGGAGCUUUGUUCAUGCUCAUUGCCUGCGUAGUCGGAGGCAUCUGGCCUGGUCCGGGCGGUCCUCCGGCCCUU